AAAUAGCAAGUCGUGGAAUGAAAACAGAACGAUAACCCGGUGAAUUGAAUCAAAUUUACGUGGAAAUAUAGUUGAAAUUCAUUAAAAAAAGUUGAUAGUUCAAAAGGAUCAUGUCUUUUGAUCCAAAAUGGUUAACCGAUCCCCCUCAAAUUUACGAGGAUCCUAAAGAACGUUUGCUAAAUUACAUCAUCAAUCCCCACUUACCUGAGAUCCAUGACCCGAAGCCCCAUUAUUUUCCCGGUGAAGUUGACAUCUAUGAUUUAUUUCAUAUUCCCGAUUGUCCUCACAGCACGGAAAUCGUUCCCGUGAGAGAUGAGGAAGGUCAUGUCAUUGAUUUUGAGGAAAUUUCAAAAGAGGAUUCUGGCACGGCUUCAACUUCAAUGUCGCUGCGAAGAGCUCCAGGGCCCAUGAAAAAAGAAACACGUGGCGAUCACGGCAAUUUUCCGUUUUGGCCUGGAGGCUUUGAUGAACCGGAUGAAGUUGAAAAGAUGCUUGAUGACUUUGAUAUCGACAAUUUGGAUUUCGAACAUAAUUUAUUAACUAUCCCGCCUGGCUUUAAAGAAGGAAUGGUUUUCGAUAAAUUUACCGAGGAAGUUGACGAAGUCAUCGAUUUGCUAAAAGUUAUUGAAACAGAAGCAGAUGAAGUAAAAUUAGGUGAAAUUGUUCCAAGCGAAACGAAAAAAGAAGAAAAAGAACUAAAAAGCGAAAUGACUCUCACGGAAUAUAAUGCCGAAAUUGAUGAAUUCCUCGAUACGUUAACUGAAGAAAUGAAUGUACUGCGCAUUUCAGAAGCACCCGAUACCAAAUUAGAUAAAACUGAGUGGGCCGAAAUGCUGGAUGUUACUCAGCCAGUGAAGGACUUUCAUCUUAAGGUGCCCGAUCCGGCUCACGUGUUCCCCUUCGAGCUAGAUACGUUUCAGAAACAAGCGAUUAUCAAGUUGGAGGAACAUCAUCACGUACUGGUAGCUGCUCACACGAGUGCUGGAAAGACGGCAGUUGCGGAAUACGGAAUCGCAUUAAGUCGUCGUCAUGGGACUCGAGCUAUCUACACUUCACCGAUCAAAGCUUUGUCCAAUCAAAAAUAUCACGAUUUUAAGAAGACUUUUGGUGACGUUGGACUAAUUACGGGAGACAUUCAAAUCGAUGGCGAUAGUUCUUGUCUCAUUAUGACGACGGAAAUCCUCAAAUCGAUGCUUUAUUGCGGCAGUGAUGUGACACGCGACUUGGAAUAUGUCAUUUUUGAUGAGGUGCAUUACAUGAAUGAUCCGGAGCGGGGUCACGUUUGGGAAGAAGUGUUCAUUUUGUUGCCAGCGCAUGUCUGCAUCGUCAUGUUAAGUGCCACGAUUCCCAACACCAUGGAAUUUGCCAAUUGGGUGGGACGAACGAAACGGAGAAAAGUCUUUGUUAUGCAGACUUUGAAGCGUCCGGUGCCACUGCAACAUUUUUUGUACACCGGAUGUGGUGGAAAAAGUCGUAACGACAUUUUCAUGAUCGUCAAUGAAAAAAGUGAGUUUUUACUUGGCGAAUAUAACAAAGCGAAGACCUCAAAGCUGGAGCGCCAAAAGGAUAUGCAAAAGACGCACAACGUUAUCAAGGCUCAACGAAACUUUAAUCCGCAACAAGAAAAAACUUUGUGGGUCGGACUCGUAGAUUACCUUCGUCGGAACGAUAAGAUGCCAGUAAUUGCCUUCACUUUAUCCCGAAAUCGAUGUGAUAGCAAUGCCGAGAGUCUGGCAUCAACGGAUCUUUGUUCAGCACAUGAAAAAUUCAAAAUUAACGCGACAUUUCAACGGUGUUUGCAACGUCUGAAGCCUAUUGAUAGACAAUUGCCGCAAGUAAAGCAACUCCAGCUGUGUUUGGAACGCGGAAUUGGUAUUCAUCACAGUGGUAUUUUGCCAAUUUUAAAGGAAGUCGUUGAAAUUUUGUUCCAAAACGGUUUAGUGAAGCUUUUAUUUGCCACCGAAACUUUUGCAAUGGGCGUCAAUAUGCCAGCAAGAACGGUAAUUUUCGAUUCCGUCAAGAAAUUUAACGGAAAAGAAACGCGAGUCUUAGAGCCAGCAGAAUACACGCAAAUGGCAGGCCGUGCAGGACGUCGAGGUCUCGAUAAAAGUGGAACCGUCAUAAUCGUAUGCAAGCAAGAUAUUCCUCCAGAUGUCACGUUGCGAGGAAUGAUCUUGGGAAAGUCCAAAAAACUCGAAUCACAAUUUCGUCUUACGUACGCGAUGAUUUUGAAUUUGCUGCGUGUCGAAAGAUUAACGGUCGAGGACAUGAUGAGUCAUAGUUUCCGUGAGUUUUUCAAGCAAAGUAAAAUUCCCGAGCAAAAAACUAUGCUUGAAGAGCUGCAAAAUAAAAUUGAUGCGUUGAAGCAGCUAGACGAUCACUUGAAACCAAUGUGCGAGUUUUAUCAAGCGGCGAAAGUUUACAUUAAAGCCUGGAACGAAACCAUGCCGAUGUACAUGACCCAACAAAAAGUUCAAAAUGACCUCCGUCCAGGCAAAUUGUUGAUUAUUUCAUACAAAAAUCAUUGUAACAAACUCGCCGUUUUGCUAUCGGUUCCAAAAACCGUUAAAACGGAUUCACAAUACAAAGUUUUAGUUUUGGAGAAUCAAACCUCACCAUUUAGCGAUGACACGAAGGAAGAUUUGUGGUACAAGAUGCUAUCCCUCUCAGUGCCAUUUAAGAAAUUUAUGCCUGAUGGAGCGGGUGGACAUCAAGUUCUCGUGAUCCAAGCGGAACACAUUUGUGAAAUAACGAAAAAGACUCUCGGUUCAUUGGAAUGCGACAAAAUCCUACAAAACUGGGAUCAACGGCAAAUUCCACGUUUCAAGGAUACUCCAGCAAGUGCCUCUGUACUUAGAGCUCUCACAGAGCUCAAAACACUUACGGACGAAUACAAUCAAGAUCCAUCAACUAUCAGCAUGGUUUCAUUCAUGAACGACUUGGAAGUAUUCGAAGCGAUGAAUGAGCUGAAAAAGUUGAGACAAGCAGUGGAAAUUCACGAAAGUUGUACAGAUAUCCCGAAUUUCGAGGUGGAAUUCGAUAAAGUUUAUCAAAGAAAAUCUCUGGAGUACCAGUUGCACGAAUUGAGAUUCAAAAUUUCGAAAGAAAGCUUGUCCUUGUAUCCAGAUUACGUUAACAAGGUGAAGGUUUUGCAGGAUUUGAAUUAUGUUGAUAGCACGCAUCAAGUUACGAUGAAGGGUCGUGUUGCCUGCCAAAUGAGUCAAAAUGAGUUGAUUAUGACGGAGUUGAUUUUCAGAAAUAUUUUGACGGAACUCGAACCGGCAGAAAUUGCUGCAAUAAUGUCGGCGUUGGUCUUUCAAGAAAAAACUGAAAGUGAACCGAAUCUCACGAAAGUUUUGGAAAAAGGAAUGCAAGAGUUGCAAAUUGUCGACAACGACAUUCACACCGUGGAGAUGCAAUACAACGUUGGAAGCAACGACGACAUGCAGGGCAAGGACAAAUUAAACUUUGGACUUAUGGAAGUCGUGUAUGAAUGGGCGCGAAACAAACCAUUUGCCGAAAUAAUGGAACUAACAGAUGUCAAAGAAGGCAUUAUUGUGCGGUGCAUUCAACAAUUGAAUGAAAUUCUCAAGGAUGUGAAAGAUGCAGCACGAAUUAUUGGUAAUUCAACACUUCCGAACAAAAUGGAGGAAGCAUCGAAUGCCAUUAAGCGCGAUAUUGUAUUUGCUGCAAGUUUGUACACGACAGACGAUCAAAUUUUUGUUGGAGAUGAUGAAGAAAACUAGAUUUUUUUUUUUAGAAAUUUUGUUGAAAUAAAAAAAUUAUCAUCGAUCAUCGUAAUUUUGUCUUGCUAGUUCUGGAUUGAAUUGUGAGUUGUACUUUUGUUUGA